AUGUUUAGGCCAUUGCAAAGACAAAACGCGAUGAGACCCAGGAGAUCGGAAGACCACUACGUCAGCUCUGUGAGUUCUAUGUCUUUAUGGCAAUCUGAUGACAGCAUUUCGAAUCUACCGCCAAGUUAUGAGGACGUAGAUCAGCCACCGCCACAUUACGAGGAAGUGAUGAGAAUCCACAGGCCAUUUUAUCAGAACCAACAACCAGCCGUGCCACCAAUAGCAGAAUCCCUAGCUCUGUCAGCAAGUCAGCAACCAGCAAAAACGCAGAUCAUUGACAUUGACACCAAUAAUUCUGUUAGCAGAGCUCAUGCGGAGUCUGGGGAUAAUCAUUAUUGCACACUUGAAAAUGUUUAUAUGAAUUAG